ACAAUUUGUGAUAUUAUCCAAAGCCGAACUUAUAAAAGUAUUAAUUUAUGACAAUUAUUUCAGAAAUCCAACUUAAAUCAAAAUGGCGCCAAAUCUCGAGAGAAUGUACGAAUGCGGAGAUCUCCUCGCAAAUAUCAAAGAUAAAUCUCAUGCACAGCACUUGAGUGAGUAUGAAGAGAUUAUUAGUGGGGUGAAGGGAGAUGACCAAUGUAAGCGUCUUGCCUCUCAAUUCAUCGCAAGGUUUUAUUCCUUCUAUCCUGAUCUAUCUGAGCAGAGUAUCAACGCUAUCCUGGAUCUAUGUGAGGAUAUUAACGUGGAUAUCAGGAAGCAAGCGAUCAAGGAUUUGCCAACACUGUGUCGUGACAACAACAAGACAACCUUAGCUAAGAUUGCUGAUGUUCUAACUCAGCUGUUGAAUACUGAAGACCAGGGGGAGAUGACAGUUAUACAGAACUCUCUGAUGAACCUUUUCAGGAGGGACCCACAGGGGGCCGUCAUGGGCAUCUUCUCACAGGUUCAUAUUGGAGAGGAUGUAGUUCGUGAGCGCGCACUACGCCUGCUGCACACUAAGCUGACCACCGCGGGGCAGGAGAUUUUAAACAAGGAGGCGCAGGCGCAGAUUGUUGCUGAGGUCAAGAAGGUCUUUGCCUCGGAGAACGGAGUAACAGCUGAUGAAUUCCCCCGACUGAUGGCACUACUGGGGCAUACAGGGUUACCUAAAACGUUUGCUGGGCAGCUUGAAAUUGUUAACAUGAUUAUGGGGAUGGCAGAGUUAGACAAGACCGCAGAUUUUGAUUAUACCAGCGUCGAACUCACAGAUAGACUCCUGCAGUGCGCUCAACAUUGUCUACCUUUCUUCUCUACAGGGGUAAUUAGUUUCUACCUUUCUUCUCUACAGGGGUAUUACUUUCUACCUAUCUUUACAGGGGUAGUUAGUUUCUUCCUUUCAUCUGUACAUGGGUAUUUAGUUUCUUCCUUUCUUCUCUACAGGGGUAAAUAUUUUCUACCUUUCUUCUCUACAGGGAAUGUGUUUGAGAGACUGAUUGACUAUAUGCCCCUCCCUCCUGUGGAAGAGGAUGGGUCUCUAACUGAGCCUCCAGCAAUUGAGUUUACCAAGGUUGAAUGCUUGAUGUUUACAUUCCACUGUAUUGGUAAACAAAGUGACGUGUUCUUGAAGGAGGAUGAGGAAAGACUAAAAGAUUUUAGGAUAAGACUUCAGUACCUAGCCAGAGGUGUGACAGGAUACUUGAAGAAGUUAAAGGAGUUCUUCAAUUCUCCUGCUGGUAAGAAAACAGAUUCUGAAGAUGUCAAGAUUAAACAGAUUGCUCUCCGCUCAACACAGAACCUUCAGAUGAUGAUCAAGGACCUGUUCCACACUCCACCCCACUACAAGGUGGUCAUCUCCCUCUCUUGGAAGGACGGGAAGGAGAAGAUGGCAGAAAAGAGAAGACUCAUUUCAGCUCCUGCUGCAAAUGGUGCUGGGUUAAAGAAGCCCAAGACAGCUGACCGCCAGCUGUACAUGGAUUCUCUAAACCAGAAGAAGGGUGGGAAACCAGUUCCUGCAAAACCUACCAUCUCCAACUACAAACCUGCCGGUCGUGUGGCCCGACCCACUGGUCUCUACCAGCCUCCCACCGGACAGUAUAGCGGCAAAAUCAAGAACAAAAUCACUUGGGAUUAGUUUUAGACGCUCCCUCUCCUCUAACUGUCAGUAGCAUGAUUUUUAAGACAUUUUUGGACACUAACUUCCCUUCACCCGGGGAGUGUUCCUCCUCCUAGUGAAAUGAACUGUUCUCGGGGGCACCCCCUCUUUCCUAACAGAUUUUUUUGUAAUUGUUAGGGCACAUUCUCCUCCACCAAUCCCCCGCCGCCAUACCCGGCGGAUAUUGUUCCUGUUAGUGACAUGAACUGUAAUCGGGGGCACAUCCUCCGCCCCUUUCCCAGUUCCUCUCUGUAAAUAGAUGCAACCUGACAGUAGUGUACCUGAGACUUAAACUCUCUCUGCGCUCUUGAGACUAAUCUAAAAUCAUAAUUAUUUUACAGGUAAGACAGGUAAGUAUUGUAUUUUUUAAAUAUUUUUUCAGAUUAUGUUCAUCACGUUCCUCUUCAAUCAGCAGACUAUAAUUUUGUCGAAGUCGUCUUCACUUCCCACUGAUCUUCACGUGUAAUCCGCAACUGAUCAACAUGUGUAAUCUGCAACUGAUCUAAACGUGAAAUCCGCAACUGAUCCAUACGUAAAAUCUGCAUCAGAUGUUCACGUGGAAUUCUCAAGAUGCGUUAAGCUUUCUUUUCCUUUGUUGUUUAACAAUAGACAAUUGUACAGAAUAAAUAGUGAAAAUUGUUUUUGUGGAACACAGCUUACUUAUCAUCACAUUUUUUUUUCGUAAAAUACACGUUUGAUUAAGUGUGCUAUUUUGUCAUUUUUUCAGA